AUGGCUGCUGUCCAGGCUCUGGGCGGAAUUUUGUGUGCGAAAAUUUUGGAAUAUUUCGACAAGAAGAAAAAAGGAAAUAAUUAUCUGCUCACGUUGAAAAAGUGUUCACGAGAUGACAAGCUUUGCCUUCAUAACUGGCGUUUCCCACUAGCUGGGUCGCUCAGGUUACAAGGGCCAUCAAGUGGCAAUGGUGCUGGCCGAUUGGAAGUACUACACAAAGGAUACUGGGGAACAAUCUGUGAUGAUGGAUGGGAUAUGAAAGAUGCUAAAGUCGCCUGUCGUCAACUUGGUUAUCAAGAUGUUGCAAGAACUCUUCAGAGGAACGAUUUUCCUUCUGGUUCUGGGCAUAUUUGGCUAGUUGCUCUUGAUUGUACUGGAAAGGAAGAAAAUAUUACAAGCUGUUAUCAUAAUGGUUGGGGGAUUCAUUCCUGCUCUCAUUCUCAAGAUGUUGGAGUAGAAUGUUCCAAAACAGAUUUUUCCACUACUCCUGUCAAACUGAGGUUACAAGGACCGUUAAGUGCAAAUGGCAUUGGUCGUGUUGAAGUAUUUUAUCAUGGAUAUUGGGGAACAAUCUGUGAUUAUGGCUGGGAUACUCAAGAUGCUAGAGUUGUAUGUCGUCAACUUGGUUAUGAUCUACUAGAUCAUGUACACAGUAGAACUCUUUACAGAAACCUGGUCCCUUCUGGUUCUGGACAGAUAUGGUUGGCACACGUAGCUUGUAAUGGAAAGGAAAAUAACAUUAGAAAUUGUUCUCAUAAUGGUUGGGGGGCUCAUAAAUAUUGUUCUCAUGCUAAGGACGCCGGAGUUGAAUGUUCCAGCACAGAGGUAUUGGUGAGAUUGCAGGGACCAAAAAGUGUAAAUGGUACUGGUCGUGUUGAAGUUUUUUAUAAUGGAAAAUGGGGAGCAAUCUGUACUAGUGGAUGGGAUGUAAGAGAUGCUCGGGUUGUAUGUCGCCAACUUGGGUAUAAAGAUGCUGUCAGGGCACUCACACGUCAUAGACAGGUUCCUUCUGGGUCGGGACAAAUCUGGCUGACUUACGUCGAUUGCAAUGGGAAGGAACAAAAUAUAACAAGUUGUGACCACAAUGGUUGGGGUUUGCAAUAUUGCUCUAAUAGAAAUGCCGGAGUUGAAUGUACUAGAACAGAUUUGUCAGCUAUGCCUGUUUUCCUCCGGUUGCAAGGACCAUUGAGUACAAAUGGCACAGGUCGUGUUGAAGUAUUUUAUCAUGGACAUUGGGGGACAAUCUGUAAUUAUGGAUGGGAUUUAAGAGAUGCGAGAGUUGUAUGUCGUCAACUUGGUUAUAAAGACGCUGUCAGAACACUUCGAAGGACCACUUUUCCUAAAGGUUCAGGUGAUAUAUGGUUAUCUCACGUCGCUUGUAGUGGGAAAGAACAAAACAUCACGAGUUGUACCCACCGAGUUUGGGGAGAUCAUUAUUGUUCUCAUAGCCAAGACGCUGGAGUGGAAUGUUCCACAACUGAUUUUGCAGACGAGGCUGUGAAAAUAAGACUUCAAGGACCGCUGAGUGCAAAUGGUACUGGACGCGUUGAAGUAUUCUAUCAUGGACAUUGGGGAACAAUCUGUGAUGAUGGUUGGGACAUGAGAGAUGCUAGGGUUGUUUGUCGUCAACUUGGUUAUGAUCUAGAUCAUUCAUAUGCUAGGACACUUCCACGGUACCUUGUUCCUCCCGGUACAGGACAAAUAUGGUUCUCUUACGUUUCUUGCACUGGGGAAGAACAGGACUUAACAAGGUGUUCUCAUAAUGCUUUGGCAAACGAUUUUUGUUCUCACUCUCAUGAUGCUGGUGUAGAAUGUACUUCAAAAGGUAUUUUUAUGGAUUACAAUUAUUUCUAUUGUGAGAAUUGUAUAUAA